AUGGAGGGGCCACGCGGCGUCUAUCUCUUCGGAGACCAGACAAGUGAUUUCGACGCCGGCUUACGUCGCCUCCUACAGGUAAAGAAUAAUACAAUUGUCGCAUCGUUCUUCCAGAGAUGCUUCCACGCUUUGCGCCAAGAGAUCGCGAGGCUUCCACCAUCUGAGCGGAAGAUCUUCCCCCGGUUUACAAGCAUAGUGGAUCUACUGGCGCGUCACAGGGAGUCAGACCCUAAUCCGGCUCUGGAGAGCGCAUUGACCUGCAUCUAUCAGUUGGGAAGCUUUAUAAACUACUACGGAGACCUUGGGAACGUGUACCCAUCUGCUUCAGAGUGCCAUAUUAUUGGCCUGUGCGCGGGUCUUCUUAGUUCUGCAGCUGUAAGCUCUGCGACCAAUGUUGGAGAACUGCUCCCGGCUGCAGUUGAAGCGGUGGUGAUAGCUCUCCGGCUUGGUCUAUGCGUCCUGAAAGUUAGAGAGCUAGUGAGCUCUGACCAAGCGUCGUCAACAAGCUGGUCAGUCUUGGUUUCAGGGAUCAGCGAGAAAGAUGCUUCAAAGGUUAUAGGAGAGUUCACUGUUGAACGGGCAAUUCCUCCUUCAUCCAAACCGUACAUCAGUGCGGUGGGAUAUAACAGUAUUACCAUCAGCGCACCGCCCAAGGUCCUUGAUGAUUUAAUUGGAACUAGGCUUUCUAAAAGCCAUAAGCCGGUUAGAGCGCAAAUUCAUGGUCCUUACCACGCAGCACAUCUGUAUGAUAGCCGAGAUGUUGACAGGAUCCUCGAAAGCUGCCCUAAUGAGGCCGUCUCAAACUACACACCUCGUAUCCCCGUACUAUCAAGUACUACGGGAAAGCCGAUAGAGGCUAAACAAAUGAAGGAUCUACUUAAAGCCGCGCUUGAAGAGAUUUUAUUACGUCAGCUAUGCUGGGAGAAGGUGACCGAUUCCUGCUCUUCCAUAUUAAAAACUGCUCGUCAUCAAACAUGCAAGUUGUUCCCAAUCUCGAGCACCGCGACACAAAGCUUGUUUACAGCUCUUACAAAGGCCGGGAUAACCAAUAUUGAAGUGGAAAAUGGGCUCGGAGAUAUUUCCACGACCCCGAAGGACAACCUUAACAUCAGCGGCAGGGCCGAUUGCUCAAAGAUAGCUAUCAUUGGCAUGUCUGGGCGAUUUCCAGAAUCUGAUGGCACAGAGAACUUCUGGGACCUUCUGUAUAACGGCCUCGAUGUGCAUCGGAAGGUGCCUGCAGAGCGUUGGGAUGUUGAUGCACACGUUGAUCCUACUGGAACAAAGCGGAAUACCAGCAAGGUUCCAUACGGAUGCUGGAUAAACGAACCGGGAUUAUUUGACCCCCGCUUCUUCAAUAUGUCACCUCGCGAAGCCCUCCAGGCAGAUCCCGCCCAGAGACUUGCAUUGCUCACGGCCUAUGAAGCUCUUGAAAUGGCCGGCUUUAUCCCGGACAGCACCCCGUCGACCCAGAGGGAUCGGGUCGGUCUUUUCUAUGGCAUGACUAGCGACGACUAUCGUGAGAUAAAUAGUGGUCAAGAUAUUGAUACAUACUUUAUCCCCGGUGGCAAUCGCGCUUUCACACCUGGUCGGAUAAACUACUAUUUCAAGUUCAGUGGGCCCAGCGUCAGCGUUGAUACAGCUUGUUCUUCAAGUCUGGCUGCUAUUCACAUGGCUUGCAAUUCGAUCUGGAGAAAUGACUGCGAUGCAGCUAUUGCUGGAGGUGUCAAUAUAUUGACAAACCCUGAUAACCAUGCUGGUCUUGACCGUGGCCAUUUCCUGUCCAGAACCGGGAAUUGUAACACAUUCGACGAUGGCGCUGAUGGCUACUGUAGAGCAGAUGGAGUGGGUACAAUCAUUCUGAAGCGGCUGGAAGAUGCUCAGGCAGACAACGAUCCAAUCCUCGGUGUGAUCAAUGGGGCCUAUACCAAUCAUUCGGCAGAAGCAGUCUCAAUUACCCGCCCUCAUGUUGGCGCACAAGCGUUUAUCUUUAAUAAACUAUUGAACGAUGCCAAUAUCGACCCCAAGGACGUCAGCUAUGUUGAAAUGCAUGGAACCGGUACGCAAGCUGGGGAUGCGGUGGAAAUGCAAUCGGUCUUGGAUACAUUUGCUCCCGACUACCGCCGUGGACCAGGACAGUCCCUCCAUCUUGGUUCCGCCAAAGCAAAUGUUGGCCAUGGAGAAUCAGCAUCUGGUGUAACUGCGCUUGUGAAGGUGCUUCUAAUGAUGAAGAAGAACACCAUACCCCCUCAUUGUGGUAUAAAGACCAAGAUCAACCACAACUUUCCCACAGAUCUCGCGCAGCGCAAUGUUCACAUUGCCUUCCAACCUACACCUUGGAACAGACCAGCUUCUGGAAAGCGGCAGUGCUUCAUUAACAACUUUUCCGCGGCUGGUGGAAAUACCGCUCUUUUGUUGGAGGACGCUCCGAUUCCUGCAGUUAAGGGACAAGAUCCUCGAUCUGUUCACGUUGUGGCUGUAUCAGCACGAUCUCAGAGUGCGCUCAAACACAAUAUCAACUCCCUUGUAAAAUACAUUGAUGAACAAGGAAGGUCAUUCAAUGUGAACGAGGCUGAGUUUAUCCCAAGCUUGGCAUACACCACCACAGCACGGCGUGUUCACCACCCAUUCCGUAUUACAGCCAUCGGAUCUAGCCUGCAGGAGCUGCGUGACUCGCUUAACAACAGCUCUCGUCUGGAAAGCUUUACCCCUAUCCCUGCAACGGCCCCUGGCGUAGGGUUCGCGUUCACUGGCCAAGGGGCUCAGCACACUGGAAUGGGAAGGCAACUGUACGAAAAAUGUUCUCAAUUCAGGGCGACAAUGCAGCAUUUCGAUUGCAUCAGUCAAAGCCAAGGGUUUCCUUCGAUUCUUCCUUUGGUUGACGGAAGCGUGCCCGUGGAGGAGCUGGGCCCUGUCGUGACACAGCUCGGCACCACAUGCCUUCAGAUGGCUUUGGUCAACUACUGGGAUUCACUAGGUAUAAAGCCUGCUUUUGUUCUUGGGCAUAGUCUUGGGGAGUUUGCUGCCCUGAAUACCGCAGGGGUAUUAUCGACUUCCGAUACUAUCUACCUUUGUGGUCGUCGGGCUACGCUUCUUACACAGCACUGCCAGGUUGGAACACACGCCAUGCUGGCUGUCAAGGCUUCCUACCCACAGGUCAAGCAGUUGCUGAAAGAAGGUGUGGAUGAAGUUGCUUGUGUCAACUCACCCAGUGAAACAGUCGUCAGUGGCCUCACCGCCGAUAUUGAUGAAUUGGCUCAAAGGUGUUCCACCGAAGGCUGGAAGUCAACUAAGCUGAGGGUACCGUUCGCUUUCCAUUCUGCCCAAGUUACUCCAAUUCUUGAACGGUUUCAAGAAGAAGCCCAGGGUGUCACGUUCCAUAAGCCGUCGUUGCCGUUUGUUUCCUCACUCCUCGGGGAAGUUAUCACCGGGUCUAAUUACGAUGUUCUGGGAGCUCAAUAUAUGGUGAAGCAGUGCCGGAGGUCGGUGAACUUCCUUGGCGCUCUCGAGGCUACUAGAUAUGCGAAGUUGAUGAAUGAUAAGACUGUCUGGCUUGAAGUUGGUGCCCAUACCAUUUGCUCUGGUAUGAUCAAAGCAACAUUCGGUCCUCAGGUCACCACCGUGGCAUCUCUUCGCCGAGAGGAGAAUGCAUGGAAGGUCCUCUCCAAUAGUCUGUCGGCCCUUCAUUUGGCUGGCAUUGAUAUUAAUUGGAAAGAAUAUCAUCAAGACUUUAGCUCCAGCCACCAGGUGCUCGCACUUCCAUCCUACAAGUGGGAUCUCAAGAACUACUGGAUACCCUACACUAACAACUUCUGCCUUACGAAGGGUGCUCCACAAGGUGCAAUUCAAGCUGCACCACAAGCUACAUUCUUGACCACUGCUGCGCAAAAGGUUGUUGAAAGUCGCGACGACGGUGCAACAGCAACUGUCGUGGUGCAAAAUGACAUCGCUGAUCCCGAGUUGAACCGUGUUAUCCAAGGUCACAAAGUCAAUGGAGCCGCACUUUGUCCAUCGUCACUUUACGCAGAUAUCGCCCAGACACUUGGAGAAUACCUUAUCCAGAAAUACAAACCUGAGUUCAAAGAUCUUGGUCUCGAUGUGUGUGACAUGGUCGUGCCGAAGCCACUCAUCGCGAAGGGAGGAGAGCAGCUCUUUAGAAUCUCUGCUACUGCUAAUUGGGCAGAGAAGAAGGCUUCGGUUCAGGUAUACGCUGUCAAUGCCGAGGGCAAAAAGACCGUGGACCAUGCGCAAUGUACAUUGAAGUUCUUUAAUACCAAUGCCUCCGAGCUCGAGUGGAAGAGAAUCUCGUAUCUAGUCAAGAGAAGCAUCGACAGCCUCCACCAGAAUGCAGAAACAGGGGAGGCUCACCGUAUCCAGCGAGGAAUGGUGUAUAAACUUUUCAGCGCAUUGGUUGAUUAUGAUGACAACUUCAAGUCGAUUCGUGAGGUUAUCCUGGACAGCGAUAACAAUGAGGCCACUGCUCGUGUCAAAUUCCAAGCACCGCCAGGCAAUUUCCAUCGAAACCCAUUCUGGAUUGACAGUUUCGGUCACCUGUCUGGGUUCAUCAUGAACGCAAGCGACGCGACCGACUCGAAGAAUCAAGUAUUUGUUAAUCAUGGAUGGGAUUCAAUGCGCUGCCUGAAGAAGUUCUCGCCUGAUGUCACUUAUCGCACUUAUGUGAGGAUGCAACCAUGGCAAAACAGCAUUUGGGCUGGAGAUGUCUACAUCUUUGAGGGUGACGAUAUCAUUGCUGUCUUUGGAGGUGUCAAGUUCCAAGCACUGGCACGCAAGAUACUUGACACUGUUCUUCCUCCUGUUGGAGGUAUAAAGGCACCUAUUACAGCCAAACCACCACCUCCAGCUCACACUCAGAAGGCCAGCACAGGUGCCAAGGUCCGUCCUAAAGCACCCGUUCCAUCCAAGUCGUUCACCAAAUCUUCUGGACCGAGUGUUGCCGUACGCGCACUUAGCAUUCUGGCCUCAGAAGUUGGCCUGGCAGAGUCUGAAAUUUCAGACGACCUGGUGUUUGCGGACUACGGUGUAGACUCACUCCUCUCCCUAACAGUCACUGGCAGGUAUCGUGAAGAGUUGAACCUCGAUCUGGAGUCUUCUGUGUUUACCGAUCACCCAACCGUCAACGACUUCAAGCGACUCAUCGCCCAAGUGAGUCCUUCAGAGAGCCAUGAUGGAUCCUCAAGUGAACAAGAGUCGAACUUCUCUUUUAGCGGUGCCGAAUCUUCAAGCGCAAGUACUCCUGACAUCACGUCACCGCCAAAUGAGAAGGUAGCUCAUGUCGAGCAAAACGACACCAUGAAGGAAAUCCGUAACAUCAUCGCAGAGGAGAUUGGUGUCCCUGCAGAAGAGAUCGACCCUGAUGAGAACUUGGGAGAGAUGGGUAUGGACUCGCUUCUCUCCCUGACAGUUCUUGGAAGAAUCCGAGAGACUCUGGACAUGGACCUCCCGGGAGAGUUCUUCAUCGAAAACCAGACCCUCAAUGAUAUAGAGGUGGCUUUGGACCUAAAACCCAAGACUACUGCUGCGCCAAUUCCUAUGCCAGAGCCAGUCAAAUUCCCCGAAGUCAUUCAAGACCUCCAGCCCAAGCUUACUCAACACCCUAAGGCCACAUCCAUCCUGUUACAAGGAAACCCUAGAACAGCAACAAAGACGUUGUUCUUGUUUCCUGACGGCUCCGGCUCAGCGACGUCUUACGCUACCAUCCCCGGAGUUUCUCCUGACGUCUGUGUUUACGGAUUGAAUUGCCCAUACAUGAAGACACCCGAGAAGCUCAAAUGUAGCCUAGACGAACUCACUGCUCCUUACGUAGCAGAGAUUCGUCGUCGUCAACCUAAGGGUCCUUACAGCUUCGGCGGUUGGUCAGCAGGAGGAAUCUGUGCAUACGAUGCAGCACGUCAUCUAAUGUUUGAGGAAGGUGAACAAGUCGACCGCUUGCUUCUUCUUGACACCCCAUUCCCCAUCGGCCUUGAGAAGCUACCGCAGAGAUUGUACGGCUUCUUCAACUCUAUCGGUCUUUUCGGCGAAGGUAAAACGGCACCACCAUCCUGGCUCCUACCUCACUUUCUAGCCUUUAUCGACGCCCUCGACGCAUACAAGGCCGCGCCUCUUCCAUUCACAGACGGGAAAUGGGCCAAGAAGCUGCCUAAGACUUAUAUAAUCUGGGCCAAAGACGGUGUUUGCGGUAAGCCGGGAGAUCCCCGGCCUGAUCCCCCGACAGACGGUUCGAAGGAUCCCAAGGAGAUGGUCUGGCUUCUUAAUGACCGGACUGACCUGGGUCCUAACAAGUGGGAUACAUUGGUUGGACCUGAAAAUAUUGGUGGAAUCACGGUAAUGGAAAAUGCUAAUCAUUUCACGAUGACGAAGGGCGAAAAAGCGAAAGAGUUGUCUACUUUUAUGGCUAAUGCUAUGGCUUAA